CUACAAACAAAACAACUUGCAAAAGUGGCACACCAUUUUUAUCUGCAAACCAAAUCACACACCAAUUUCCUUUGCUUUCUUUUCCUCCACAACAGCCAUGGAAGCAGCUUCCACAGCAACUUCAGCCAUCAACUUCCUUUCAACCACCAAAAAACUAACCAACCCAACAAAACUCCUCACAUUUGUCAACAUCUCCAAAUCCAUUACCAAACCCAGAAACAAUUCUCUCUCUCUCUCCUGCUGCUCCACAAAACCCGACACAAACACUGACAAUGUCGGAAACCAAGAUCCCACCUUUGACAUUGGCCUAAAUUCAGAACAACCCAAAUCGCCAAAACCCAAUUCAAGCGACCAACUUUCCUCUCUCUCGCCAUCUUCCGCGUCUUCCUCUGGUGGGUUGGUGUUUGAUUUGGGAAUUGAGAACUCAUGGGACAGCGCGGAAAUUGGGUCUCCGGUUGUGAAAAGGUUUCUAAGCGAUGAAGAAGAGAGAUGGUACAUGUGGUACCACGGCAGAUCAUCAAGAUCAAAAAACGACUCAGAAAACCCAUGUUUGGAUUCGGUCGGAUUAGCGGUUUCAAGCAAUGGGGUCCACUGGGAGCGAGGUGUGGGACCGGUCCAGGCCAGCAGGGAUGUGGGUUUUGUGAUGAGUUGUGGCAAAGAUUGGUGGGCUUUUGACACUCUAAGCAUUAGACCUUCUAAGGUUGUGAUAAUGUCAAGCUCAAAGGUCAGAGUUUCUAGUGCAGUUUAUUGGAUGUACUACACUGGGUUCAGUUCUGAGGAGAUUGAUAUUGAUAUUUCUGAUGAGUCUUUUAAAUUCAGUCUUGAAAACCCAGAAAGGUUUUUUGGAGAUUUUGAGGGUGGUUCAACUUCAAGUGGUAAAAUUCACAAGUCUUUACCUGGUUUAGCAAUUAGCCAAGAUGGGAGGUAUUGGGCUAGAAUUGAAGGUGAGCAUCAUAGUGGAGCUCUAUUUGAUGUUGGGGCAGAAAAGGAAUGGGAUUCCUUGUUCAUUGCCUCACCACAAGUUGUUUUCCAUGGGAAUGGGGAUUUAAGGAUGUACUACCACUCAUUUGAUGUUGGGAAUGGGGAGUUUUGCAUUGGAAUGGCUAGGUCAAGAGAUGGGAUUAGGUGGGUGAAGUUGGGGAAGAUCAUUGGUGGUGAGAAAAACACUAGUGGUGCCUUUGAUGAGUUUGGAGCGCUUAAUGCCAAUGUGGUGAGAAAUAGGAAAGAUGGCAAGUACUUGAUGGCAUAUGAAGGGGUUUCUUGUAAUGGAGAGAGAAGUAUUGGUUUGGCAAUGUCCCAAGAUGGGCUUAAGAAUUGGACCAAGUUUAGAGAUGGGCCUGUUUUGAAGGCUUCAGAGGCCCAAAAUGGGUGGGACAAUAGAGGGGUAGGAUCACCUUGUUUGGUUCAAAUGGAUGGAGAAGAAGAUGAGUGGAGAUUGUAUUAUAGAGGUGUUGGGAAUGAGGGAAGAACAGGGAUUGGAAUGGCGGCUUCUCAUGGGAGUGAUUUUGGGAGGUUUACAAGAUGGACAGGAUUUCACAUGUAAGGUUUUGUUAUACAUGUAAUGUGUUUGUUAUUAUUGUGAUUUUAAGAUGGGAAAAUUUCAAUCAUUAUUAUUAUUGUUUUGUUGGUCAAGAAUAGGAUGAAAUGGGUGUUUGUUUUGUUUGUAUGGACUAGUCAAUGAAGUGCAGUGUAAUUA